CGGCGCGCAGGCAAGAUGGCGUUGCGUCUGCUGAGGAGGGCGGCGCGCGGAGAGGCGGCUGCGGCGCUGCCGAGGCUGAAAGCAUCUCUGGCAGCUGAUGUGUCCAGGCUUGGGUACAGUUCCUCACCCAAUCACAAAUACGUUCCCCGAAGGGCAGUGCUCUAUGUUCCUGGAAAUGAUGAAAAGAAAAUUAAGAAGAUUCCCUCUCUGAAUGUGGAUUGUGCAGUACUCGACUGUGAGGAUGGUGUGGCUGUGAACAAAAAGGAUGAAGCUCGAUUGAGCAUAGUAAAAACUCUUGAAGACUUUGAUCUGGGCCCAACUGAAAAGUGUGUCAGAAUCAACUCAGUGUCCAGUGGUCUGGCCGAAGAAGACCUGCAGGCCCUCCUGCGGUCCCGGGUCCUUCCUUCCAGCCUGAUGCUCCCGAAGGUAGAAGAUCCUGAAGAAAUCCAGUGGUUUUCAGACAAAUUUUCAUUCUACUUACAAGGCCGAAAACUUGAACAACCUAUGAAUUUAAUCCCUUUUGUGGAAACUGCAAUGGGUUUGCUCAAUUUUAAGGCAGUGUGUGAAGAAGCACUAAAGAACGGGCCUCAAGUGGGUCUUUUUCUAGAUGCAGUCGUUUUCGGAGGAGAAGACUUUCGAGCCAGCAUAGGUGCAACAAGUAGUAAGGAAACCCAAGAUAUUCUCUACGCCCGACAAAAGAUUAUUGUUGUAGCAAAGGCCUUCGGUCUGCAGGCCAUAGACCUGGUGUACAUCGACUUCCAGGAUGGAGAGGGGCUUCUCAAGCAGUCGAGAGAAGGAGCUGCAAUGGGAUUUACUGGUAAGCAGGUGAUACACCCUAACCAAAUUGCAGUGGUCCAGGAGCAGUUUUCUCCUUCCCCUGAAAAAAUUAAGUGGGCUGAAGAACUGAUUGCUGCCUUUAAAGAACAUCAACAAUUAGGAAAGGUCAGUCCCUGUGUCCUACUGGAGGCUCAGCAAGUGUUGGCCAACUGACCAGGGAGUAUUGCCAGACCAGGGAAAGAUCAAGUGGCACAGAAAGACACUUGCAGAUAAAGGAGAGCAGGAAGGUAAGAGUGAUUCUGUCUUCCCAAGUCAUUGUCCCUUCAGUCACCCAGCUCAGGCCCCACAAAAGAAACAAGCUUCACUCAGAACCAUGUUUUGGGUGCUGGAUUCUGGGGAUUCAAAGAUAUGUGAGACCCUGUCUUCAAGGGCUUCCCAACGCAGUGACAAAGCGACGUAAAGAAAGAAUUACAAAAAAAAAAAAAAAGAAAGAAUUACAGUAGAGUGUGACAAGCGUUGUUACAGGAGGAUGUGUAAGGGAAGGAAGGAGAGAAAUGAGCCCAACCAGGGAAGUCUAAAAGUGAUUCACGGACAUGACAUCUUCUGACGUCUUGAAGCAUAGGAGCAGUUUGCCGGACAGACAGGGAAAGGACCAUCAGAGUAGAGAGCAGAGCCUGUGAGAGAGGUGCAGAGGUGUGUGUGUCUGUGUGUGUGUGUGUGUG